AUGGCACAACCUUAUAGAAUUCAAGACUGCAGAAGUGGUAAGCGAAUUCAGCCACAAAGCAUAUAUGACAACAACACUGGAGUGGCACGAAAUCGUUUCAGUCGUAGAGGCGAUAAAAUCUCACGAACGACAAGUUCUAAAAAUUCGGGUCGGAGCGACGUAAUUAGAUUCAACGUUGAAGAAGCAGGAGAAACGUCGAUGAAUAGUAAUGAACCCAGCACCUACGUUCCACCCGAAAAUUCCAAUAACUCGUCUUCUCAAAAUGUCACCCAGAAUGCGAUAAAACAGCCAAAUAUUAUGGAAAAUCAAACAGAAAUUCGCCGAAGAAUUCAUUUAUACGGCCAGAUAUGUCCUCAAACUGAAGAAGAACGCAAAUAUUCACCAUCACCACGUGAAGGAUUCACAACAGAUUUGGAUAAAGAUACAAUUGUGAUUUGCUCUAGACGCAAUCAUGGAAUGGAGAAUGGGAUGUGCGUAUUAUACUGUGGUUUUGGAACAUUAUACAAAAAAGAUAGGAUUUCUUUCUGUCGAGUCUGCAAAGAAUAUAUUGCGAAAGACGAAGUUACUAGACUUUCUUUUAAUUAUCUGAAGUACAACAUUUAUUAA